GGUAGAUUGAAAACGGCCAUCUCUCUAUCAUACACGUGACACGUCCGGAACAUACGAUCUUGGUAACCUUUUAUUCUUUUGGUUAAGGUCGUGGUGUGGAAUCGUUGUCGAGUCCAAGAUGAAGUACAACAGGCUCGUCUCCUCCUCGCGCAGGAAGAACAGGAAGAGGCACUUCACGGCACCUUCGCACGUGAGGAGGCGACUCAUGUCUGCGCCGUUGUCGAAAGAACUCCGGCAAAAGUACAAUGUGCGCUCGAUGCCAAUUCGCAAAGACGAUGAAGUACAAGUUGUACGUGGACACUACAAGGGCCAACAAGUAGGCAAGGUAGUCCAGGUAUAUAGAAAAAAAUUCGUUAUAUACAUUGAGAGGAUUCAACGUGAAAAGGCAAACAGUGCAAAUGUGUAUGUUGGCAUUGAUCCUUCCAAGACAGUUAUCGUUAAGUUGAAGAUGGACAAGGAUCGCAAGAAGAUCAUCGAUAGGCGAAGUAAAGGUAGGCUCGCUGCGCUGGGCAAAGACAAAGGAAAAUACACAGAAGAUGUGACAGCCGCUAUGGAGACAUCAUGAAUUCUGAUAUCUUUCUUUAUAUUUACGCCAAUAAAAAGACAUUAAAACCAAA